CAGGAGCACCGGCGCGGGGCGUAGGCGGGCGCGAGCGGGCGUGAGCAGGCGCUCGGGCGCGAGAAGUGUGCGGGCGCAGGAGCACUUUGCGAUAGGAUGAGGCUCUUGGCUGGCGCGCGGUAGUACUAUGAUUUGGUAUGUGGCCACUUUGAUAGCAAGUGUGAUCAGCACCCGAGGUCUUGCGGCUCAAGCUGCCCACGGCCUGCGAGAGGAGCCCGAGUUUGUGACCGCAAGAGCCGGUGAGGGCGUGGUCCUGCGAUGCGACGUGAUUCAUCCGGUGACGGGACAGCCCCCGCCCUAUGUUGUGGAGUGGUUCAAGUUUGGGGUACCCAUCCCUAUCUUCAUCAAGUUUGGCUACUAUCCACCCCAUGUGGACCCUGAGUAUGCAGGCCGGGCAAGUCUUCAUGAUAAAGCAUCCCUGCGGCUGGAGCAGGUUCGCUCUGAGGAUCAGGGCUGGUACGAGUGCAAAGUGCUCAUGCUGGACCAGCAGUAUGACACCUUUCACAACGGCAGCUGGGUCCAUCUUACCAUCAACGCUCCUCCCACCUUUACAGAAACACCCCCCCAGUACAUCGAGGCCAAGGAGGGUGGCAGUGUUACCAUGACCUGCACAGCUUUUGGGAACCCCAAGCCCAUUGUCACCUGGCUCAAGGAGGGGACACUCCUAGGUGCUAGUGGGAAAUACCAGGUGAGUGAUGGCAGCCUGACGGUGACAUCGGUCAGUAGGGAGGACAGAGGUGCCUACACCUGUCGUGCAUACAGCAUCCAGGGAGAGGCUGUCCAUACCACUCACCUGCUUGUCCAAGGGCCUCCCUUCAUAGUUUCCCCUCCUGAGAACAUCACUGUCAACAUAUCCCAGGACGCUCUGCUCACCUGCCGGGCAGAGGCGUAUCCCGGCAACCUCACCUACACCUGGUAUUGGCAGGAUGAGAACGUCUACUUCCAGAACGACCUGAAGUUGAGAGUGCGGAUCUUGAUUGAUGGGACCCUGAUCAUCUUCCGGGUGAAGCCAGAGGAUGCGGGGAAGUACACCUGUGUCCCGAGCAACAGCCUGGGGCGCUCCCCCUCUGCCUCAGCGUACUUAACUGUGCAGUACCCAGCCCGUGUCCUCAACAUGCCCCCUGUCAUCUACGUGCCCGUGGGAAUUCACGGCUAUAUCCGAUGCCCUGUGGAUGCAGAGCCACCGGCCACCGUGGUCAAAUGGAACAAGGAUGGCCGCCCCCUGCAGGUCGAGAAGAACCUGGGUUGGACCUUGAUGGAGGAUGGCUCCAUUCGGAUUGAGGAGGCCACAGAGGAGGCUCUUGGCACUUACACCUGUGUGCCUUACAACACCUUGGGGACCAUGGGCCAGUCUGCUCCCGCACGGCUUGUCCUGAAGGACCCCCCGUAUUUUACGGUGCUACCAGGCUGGGAAUAUAGGCAGGAGGCCGGCCGGGAGCUGCUCAUUCCCUGCGCUGCUGCAGGGGACCCUUUCCCUGUCAUCACGUGGAAAAAGGUAGGGAAGCCCAGCAGAAGCAAGCACAAUGCCCUGCCCAGUGGGAGUCUCCAGUUUCGAGCCCUGAGUAAGGAGGACCACGGGGAGUGGGAGUGCAUCGCCACCAACGUGGUCACCAGCAUCACUGCCAGUACCCACCUGACCGUCAUCGGCACCAGCCCCCAUGCCCCGGGCAGUGUCCGGGUCCAGGUCUCCAUGACAACUGCCAACGUGUCCUGGGAGCCAGGCUAUGAUGGAGGAUUCGAGCAGACAUUCUCAGUUUGGAUGAAGCGGGCACAGUUUGGGCCCCACGACUGGCUGUCUUUGCCAGUGCCACCGGGACCCAGCUGGUUGCUAGUGGACGCCCUGGAGCCUGAGACAGCAUACCAGUUCAGCGUCCUGGCCCAGAACAAGCUGGGAACGAGCGCCUUCAGUGAGGUGGUCACUGUGAACACUUUAGCAUUCCCUAUCACAACUCCAGAACCCCUGGUGCUGGUUACCCCACCAAGGUGCCUCACAGCCAACCGGACCCAGCAGGGUGUGCUCCUGUCUUGGCUCCCCCCUGCCAAUCACAGCUUUCCCAUUGACCGCUACAUCAUGGAAUACCGUGUCGGGGAACACUGGGAGAUCUUAGAUAGUGCCAUCCCAGGCACUGAUGGAGAAUUCUUUGCCAAGGAUCUGUCACAGGACACCUGGUACGAAUUCCGGGUUCUGGCCGUCAUGCAGGAUCUGAUCAGCGAGCCCAGCAACAUCGCCGGCGUCUCCAGCACAGACAUCUUCCCACAGCCGGACCUGACUGAUGACGGGCUAGCUCGGCCUGUGUUGGCUGGAAUCGUAGCUACCAUCUGCUUCCUGGCAGCUGCCGUCCUGUUCAGCACCCUGGCCGCCUGCUUUGUCAACAAGCAGCGCAAGCGUAAGCUCAAGCGCAAAAAAGAUCCUCCACUCUCCAUCACUCACUGCAGAAAGAGCCUAGAGUCUCCCUUGUCAUCUGGCAAGGUGAGCCCCGAGAGCAUCCGCACGCUCCGGGCCCCUUCGGAGUCCUCCGAUGACCAAGGCCAGCCGGCGGCCAAGAGGAUGCUGAGUCCCACCCGGGAGAAGGAGCUGUCGUUGUACAAGAAGACCAAGAGGGCCAUCAGUAGCAAGAAGUACAGCGUGGCCAAGGCUGAGGCGGAGGCCGAGGCCACGACGCCCAUUGAGCUCAUCAGCAGAGGCCCUGACGGCCGCUUCGUGAUGGAUCCCUCUGAGAUGGAGCCCUCGAUGAAGAGCAGGCGCAUUGAGGGCUUUCCCUUUGCUGAGGAGACGGACAUGUACCCCGAGUUCCGCCAGUCAGACGAGGAGAACGAGGACCCGCUGGUGCCCACAUCUGUGGCUGCCCUGAAGUCCCAGCUGACCCCUCUGUCAUCUAGCCAGGAGUCCUACCUGCCACCACCAGCAUAUAGCCCUCGGUUCCAGCCCCGUGGGCUGGAGGGCCCCGGCGGCCUGGAAGGUCGGCUCCAGGCCACAGGCCAGGCCAGACCUCCCGCCCCCCGGCCCUUCCACCAGGGCCAGUAUUAUGGGUACCUCAGCAGCAGCAGCCCUGGGGAGGUGGAGCCGCCACCCUUCUACAUGCCAGAAGUGGGCAGCCCCUUGAGCUCGGUCAUGUCCUCCCCACCCCUGCACACUGAGGGGCCUUUCGGCCACCCCACCAUUCCUGAGGAAAACGGAGAGAACGCUUCUAACAGCACGCUGCCCUUGACUCAGACACCCACAGGAGGGCGCUCCCCUGAGCCCUGGGGCCGGCCAGAAUUCCCCUUUGGGGGACUGGAAACCCCGGCCAUGAUGUUUCCCCACCAGCUGCACCCCUGUGAUGUAGCGGAGAGUCUGCAGCCCAAGGCCUGCCUCCCCCGAGGACUGCCCCCCACCUCCCUGCAGGUGCCCGCGGCCUACCCGGGCAUCCUGUCUCUGGAGGCGCCAAAGGGUUGGGCAGGCAAGUCGCCGGGCAGAGGCCCCGUCCCAGUGCCCACCUCCGCUAAGUGGCAGGACAGACCUAUGCAACCUCUGGUGAGCCAAGGGCAGCUAAGACAUACCAGCCAAGGUAUGGGCAUACCCGUGUUGCCUUACCCCGAGCCGGCCGAGCCGGGGGGGCACAGCGGCCCCAGCACAUUUGGCCUGGACACCCGGUGGUACGAGCCCCAGCCCCGGCCCCGGCCCAGCCCCCGGCAGGCCAGGCGCGCCGAGCCCAGUUUACAUCAAGUGGUGCUACAGCCCUCCCGGCUCUCGCCUCUGACCCAAAGCCCCCUCAGCUCCCGCACCGGCUCUCCUGAGCUUGCCGCCCGGGCCCGGCCUCGCCCGGGCCUCCUGCAGCAGGCGGAGAUGUCGGAGAUCACCCUGCAGCCACCGGCCGCUGUCAGCUUCUCUCGCAAGUCCACGCCAUCCACGGGCUCCCCUUCCCAGAGCAGCCGCAGCGGGAGCCCCAGCUACCGGCCCACCAUGGGCUUCACCACGCUGGCCACAGGCUACCCCUCCCCUCCGCCGGGCCCUGCAGGGCCUGCGGACAACCUGGAUGUGUUUGGACAGACGCCUUCCCCUCGAAGGAUGGGGGAGGAACUGCUCAGACCAGAGCCCCCCCCACCGCCAUUACCUACUUCAGGAACACAUCCACCUGCACCCGAGAAUGCUGCUGUACCUGAGAGGCUGGAGGCUCUGAAAUACCAACGGAUAAAGAAGCCCAAAAAGUCAUCCAAGGGCUCUUCGAAGUCAAAGAAACGAUCCGACGGUUCUGCCUCCCAGGCUCAGCAGCUUCCAGACUCCCAGGUUCUGUGGCCCGAUGAAGCCGUCUGCCUCCGAAAGAAGAAGAGACAUUCUCGGCCUGACCCCUUUGCCCGCCUCUCAGACCUGUGCCACCGCCAGCUUCCGGAAGACCAGACGGCGAUUCUCAACAGCGUGGAUCACGACGACCCCGGCCACGCCACCUUGCUGUGACGCGGCGCAACUCUAAGUGGUCCCAGAGGGCUCUGGGCUGAGGGGCAGGGGAGGGAGGAUGAGGGUGUGCCAGCAGAGGGGCAGUUUCGCGGGCUGCUCUGAUCUUUGUUCUGCUCAUUCUCUCUCUAGCGAGAGUGCAGCCUCCGAAUCCUGGCCAGCAUGUCUCGCUUUGGGGACAGCGGGCCGGGGGCAGACCUGUAGGUAGAGAUCAGGAAGUGAACUGGGGACAGGGAGAGAUCUGCCUCCUCCCCUCUUCACUGGCUUGGUUUUUUCUGACCUCUUCAAAUACCUUUGGAAGUGAAGAAGGGGAAAGCAAUGGCUUUCAAGUCCUGGAAGGGGGCUGGACUGCCCAUCCCAUCUUCCAAAUCUGCAUAUAUAUAGAUAUAGAUACAAAUGCAUAUGUAUGUAGUUUGUGGGUUUCUCUAUGUAUAUAUAUAUGUACAUUGAAGCAAAGUGCUGUUUAUUUCUGUGGUCAGUGAAGGAAGGAGGACGAGGGCAGCCGACUUGAGGGGUUUGUAAGGAGGACCGGCAGAGAGCCGGCUGGGCGUCCUGAUGUCUGUCCUGGGUGUUAUUCCUCCUGAAACAGGAUUCAUGCCUUCCCGGCUGAACUCACCGUUCAUCUCUCUACCCUCUCCCGUCCAGAGCAGAAAUGGGGCUUGCCAUGACUGCUGGCUGCCUGCUUUGGGGGGUUCUGUAAUGAGUUACCACAGAACUAAACACAAGCCUUUAUUUCUUGGUUCCUGGGUGAAGAGAGGGUGGCCAGCAAAGGGCCAGACUGGUAUCUUUCUUUCUUCUACAGUUUGGCUCAUGCUACGGCAGUCGAAGCUGCUUAGCAGUGGGGCCAAGAGGCAGGUCCUGAUGCACAAACUCGAGCUCAUCCGUCAGUAGUCCCUCUUAGUCCAGCCAGAGCCGGGAGCCCUGCGGCCAAAGGGCCUCCCAUUCUGGAGCCAUCUGUGCUGAGCACCAAGCUGCUGCGGCUCUAUUUAUAUCCUGCCUCUGGCUCGGCACCCUCCAGAGGACUGUUCCAAAGGCACUGAUUGGAUUCCUCCUUUCCUUUUGUGGGAGCUAAUUCCCCAGAUUGAUUAAUUGCCACUUGUGGGGAGCCCGCCUGCGGCUGGCUCCUUUCCAUCUCUCCACGUGUUGCCUGCAGACUCUUCUUUGCCCUGGGCCCUCCUCCAUCCCGAGGACCCAAGCUCCAACAGGAUGGGAUCAGAUGAAGCAAGGGUGCCCCAGGCUUCCAGGCUCUGGGGGCACUCUGGAUCCCCUCUGUCCUCCUCAGUUUUAUUUAUGUGGAACUGGCUGAGGCGGGGGGGUGGUGAAGGUAGAAGGGGUGGUAGGUGAGGGCCUGGGCUCUGAUCCUUUUUCUGCCAAAAUCUUGUCCUAAUUCGAACUCUUAGCACCCAGAAGCUUCUGUGAGGUUGUCUUCCAGUGACUAAAGAUGCAUCUCUCUCUUCCAGUGAGAUAAUGAUGCUGCCCAAGAGCAGAGCAGAAGGUCCUGAAGACGAAUGGGGGUGCCCCUGCUCUUUCCCCUCUUCUUCUGCAGGAGCCUACCCUCUGGCUGCCUGGGAGGAAAGGUGGCUUUCAGGUUCCAUGAAGUAUUUCCUUCUUGGUGCUGUUGUCUUGGCGGGUUUGGGGACAUCUACCUCUCCCCAGUUGCCUGCUUGGAUGUUGGCCAAGUCAAAGCACUAGAGGCAUCUGCUGGUCUCACUGCAGUUGCUAGUGGCUUAGCCCUGAUGACCUCGGCAGGCGGAGGCUCUGAGAGCUGGGGAGCUGCUCCUUGCUGGGAGCUUCCAUCUUAGGGAGUGGAUUCUUUUCUGCCACACAAGCCCUGGUGCCUCCUUUCUCUCGCCUAAUGAGGGGGUACCGACUCCGCUGUUGGGGUUCUGUCACAUGUCACACAACCAGAGUUCAUUUCUGAGGGCGAUGAGUCAUUGUGACCCAGGGGGGAAGGGGCAGUUUCUGGUCCUCAUCUUGCUGACUGCUCCAUUCUUCUGGGCUGGGCCUGCGCCCUUGGGGUGGAGCCUGGACCUUCGGGCUAACACCCUUCUCUGGGCAUCCAAGACCCCCCACUUUACCACCAGGUGGCAGCCAGCGAAAUGGAAAAGCAGAGGUUGGGCAACUCCAUCUGGUUUCCGAGGCAGCACUACCUCUGCCACCAUGUCCCACAAGUGACUCGCUGAGUACCUCUCCUGGGGCAUUUGGGGUCUCACACCAGGUCAGUUUGUAGCCCCUGUGGGUGUGUGGUUUGCCGAGCAGGGCGGAUCCUGGCUGAAAUGUGAAUGUGGGAUGCCAGGGCUAUAGGACUUCAGGGUGAAUUGGGCCAAUCUUUCUGAGCCUUGUGCUGGGAGUUCCAGGUGCUGAGCUUAGCAAAGAAGAGGAGAAGAUGAGGUGGAAGGCUUUGCCUCUUUAGAAUGUCCUACAAGGCCGAGAGCCAACCUCUGGGCUGAGGUGCCUCAGACUAUGGCUGUGCUUUCCCGAGGGGCCCACCAGCAAGCUCUCACCAGGGCUAACAAAGGUGCUGACUCCUGUCUUCUCUUCCUCUGGCAGUGCCCCUUACCUCAGCACAUCAGACCAAAUGGUGGGAGCUGUGCUUUUUGCUGGCCACUGAGUGGCAGCUGUGCUGGUGCGUCCCCAAGGCUAGGGAAAGGACACACAGCCGAAGUAUCUCUCAACGGCCUCACACUCACUUCUCUCAAGAUGGCCUCCUUCUUGCGACAGUGUCCUUGAAGACCGGCAGCCUUUCUGCACCCCCGGCAACUAUUUCAGUCCUUCCUUGAAGGGCUGCGGUGGAAAUUGGCAGAAUAUAGUGCCCUCUGUCCACGUGAUGGAGGGUAAAGAUGUUGCAGGAACAUGCUUCUGUGCUAGGUGCGUGCACGUGUGUGAGGGUGUGGUUGUGCACGUGUGUGUGAUGGGGGUGUAGCCAUUUCUAGGGAACAAAUGUCCUUUAUACUCUGCCCUUGAAAAAUUGCAAUGUGCACUCUUGAGCUUCCUACGACUUUUGCGCUCCACUCUGUGGGUGAUCAAAUGUCUUCCAGACUUCCUCUUUUAUGGUCUGGUACCUUUGCAGUAGAAGCAGCUCAGAUAAAAACCUAUUCCUGUGUCUCAGACUUUUGCCUGCCCCUUCAUUCUGCACCCUGACCAGAAACUGUGACUGUUUCAGGGUUAGGCGAUUUGCGGACUGGGACAAGGGUAACGUGAUUCUCGAAGGAGCCUGAAGCUGAAAGUAUGUAGGAGGGUCUGAGACUGCAAUUGUUUGGGGAAUAAAUGAGCAAUAAGGAGAAGGCGAAUCCUGUUUCUUGAUUGCUGGCUGACCACACCGAGUGGGUUUCAUGGCUUGCGUGGGGCCAUGUGUGUGGAUCGUCGUUUGUGGCCAAGUUCAGCACGUGCUGGUGAACCCCACCACUCUAUCUCCCUGCCUGCCUCCCUAGCUUCUUUCCUUGCGAGAUGGGGGGCGGAGUAGGAGAGACCUUUGGAGAUUCCACUUUCUCUAUAGGAAGGAUGCUUCAUCCCACAGGGCUGGUGGGGUCUAUGCCCCACUUUGAAGAGCCUGUGUCCAGUGAUCAUGCUCUUGGGGGCAUCUCAAGCAGGGGUGGAUUGGGGUGAGUAAUUAAUAUUUUUCAAUGCUCUCUGUCUUUAUUUUGAUUUGGGAUCUAAAAUAUUUAGGGUUGUACUGAUUCCAGUUGUUUUCCUGUGCCUUUUUUUAUGCAGAGGAAACUGGGUAGGGUUCAGAUAUGGAAUUUCCUGACUAGUUUGGUUUUUGUUUUAUCUUGUUUGGUUUUUUGCUGAAUUGACAAAACAGUAGCUUCAAGGGAGAAACAGACUUCACAAAGCGUCAGGGCGACUUUGCCACUCCCCGGGAUUAGAAUCCAGGGCUGAGGUGCGCGUGGCUGCAGCUGUUUCUUCCAGUUUUGUUAGAAAAGCCUUCUGGGGGGCUGGGGUGGGCUGGGGGGAGAACUGUACAUAAAGUACAUUUUAUUACUAUGUAGAAACAUAAGAAAAGAGAAGCUAACGGUUAAUCUUGGGCUUGCUUUGCUUGCAUGUAAAGGAGCUUUGGGUGCCAUCACAGGGAUUUCUGGGGAGUAGUAGGAAGGAGUCAAAGGGGAGAGAUGGGUGGGAGCAAGGGGCGGCUCCCCUGAGUGCAUCCCCACUGCUCCCCCUGGGGAAGAGUGCACAUUUUCACCAGACCUUAUGGGCCAGCUCCGCCUUUGUAUCUUCUCCAAAAUAAAGGGAGGCAGGCUCCGGCAGUCUGGAGGCUUGGAGCCCCAUGGGGCUGUGCUUAUUGUUUUGGGGAGAGGGUCCAGAUCUAAACUGAAUAAGGGAAUUGAUCGGGUGGGGUGUUUCAGGAAAGGGAGUUAGAGAGUUGGAGCACAGAAAGGAGGCCAGUUUCUUUUACCUGGUAUCUGUAAGGCUGGAAGGGGAAUAGGGGGCUAGGUCAAUCACGAAGUAGAAAGAAGCUGGGGAUCCUGAUAUAUGACAGUAAGGCCAAAGCCAGGGGACAUCAAGCCUUACCUUUCCUUUCUCAUCGGGGCAUGUGAUAACUUAGUUACCCCUAAGGGUGCAGUGUACAAGUUGGGGGGUCAUCCCAAGAAAAGAAAGAGGAGCAGUUGCCUGGGGUGGGGCAGGCUGUGGAGUAGUGGCAGUGAAGAUCAUUUGGGGGACAGGUGUGGGAGGGUGAUACAGUCAUUGAAAAAAGACUGAGGGGUGGGGUCUUGGCACAUAGGCCCAGACUGGAUCUUGGAAGAGGUCUUGCUUCUUAGCUGGACUUCCUUGCUUCUUCUAGAAUUAGCCUACAACACGAAGUGCCCAAACCCAACAUGGUCAUAUUCUCUGUGAUGUCCUUCAGCUUCAUCUGUUUGUUUUCAGGGGUUCCUCAGGCCCAAAGCUAGGAGACUUGUCUUGAGAUCCCCAUCGUAUUGCCAGCUCUUUGUCAGCAGAGAAGGAAGAUUCAUUCUCAUGAGCUGUGUGUGUUUGUUUUCAUAAGCAGAAGUGGCAGAUGGCCCUUUCCCUCUCUCCCAUGAUCUUGAACUGCUCGUAAGACAUUGUUGCUGGUGAUGGAGAGGAAAAACUGGGGUUUGCUUUUACAUUUGUCACCUUUUCUUCUUGAGGCACAGAGACCGCCUUCAGACCAUGAAGCCACACAGUGGCUUUAUGCCUAGAGGUUUGGGUCUCACUUUCUCCUCCUUUGACAGGGUAAGGCCACCAGUCUGAUUGACAUAGAAGAACAAAAGAGUUUCACUCUAAAGUCAGACCAGCCAUUCUGCUGUCCUCUUUGAUGUCUCCAACCCUGCCUCCUUUCAGAUUGAGAGGUAGAAUGAAAAAUCUCUUCUUUAGAAGAAGUCCAUAAAAAUCAAGCCCAGGUGGGACUUCAGCCCUCCUAGCACCUUAAUGUUUGGUUAAGGAGGGGUAUCCAUUACUACCCCUCCUUCCAACUGGUUGUGAAACCACACCGGUCCAGUGCUUUAUUUCUGGGCCCCCUGUCUAUACUUUCAAAUAAGUCUUUCAUGAACAAAUAUAAUAUCCUCACCACAUGCUCUGUGUUUUGGGUUGCUGAGAGGGUAGACGUGUUUUCAUAACCUCAUUUUAAGCUGAUCAAAUAAUUUCCAGUAGAUUGGGUCCGAUCCAAAGGCCCUCCUUCCCCAAAGAUUUCUGGGUAGGAAAAAUUAAGCAUUAGUGCAAAUAUCAUUAAUGGUUCACCACACCUUACAGAAGGAAGAGUUGAAGUAUCUUGAUUAAUAAAUACUUUGGUAGGAGAGCAACCAGCAAUUAAAAUCACUUUAGGUAUUCUCUUCUGUGAUAAGUCUAUAGUAUUACUUGGGGUUUCUGAAGAGGGCUGAAGAAGUAAUUGCCAGCUCUGGACCCCUGGCUGGGAGAGCUAGAUUGGGGAGGUAGAGUGUACAGAUUCUCAGUUCCUGUCCCUGGUACCUUGGCUGUUUGCCUUUCCCAGCUCACGAGAUGGGGACGUGAAUGGCUGUCUGGGCCUGUUGUUCUGUUCUUUUUGGUCUUAAAGACGUGUGCUCCACCAUCCCCACCUCUCCCUGGCACUGGGUUUCCUGGAUUUAUUUUAGGAACUAGGGCAAGCUCUCCACCUCCACCCCAUAUACACACCAAUUAGGCCUUUCCUUCCUUACCCUACUUCUUUAUGGCUCCAGGGAUCUUGAACUUGUGCAUGGUUUACAGUGGGGAGAUGGUUGGGUGGGGAAGGGAACCUGGGAGGGGAGACGGGUUGGGCUGGGAGGGGGGAUUUACAUUUUCAGCCUUAGAAAUACUGCGAGCAUGCUUUUGGGUGAUGUGUGGGAUUUUCACAUAGUAGGUGGAAGAGGGAAAUGCUGGCCCCCCUCAUGGGCGAUGAGGACUUAGAGGCUUUUGCUCCCUUUUGGAUUAGGGCAUCUAUGAAGCCUCAUUCCUGAUGGAGGGGAGUAAACCUCCUCAUGGUCAUCUUGCAAUCCUUGGCAAUUGUCAAUCAUUUCUGUCAAUGAAUAUCUAUAUUGCCUAUGUGAACAAUGAGAGGUCUGUCAUGAGUAGACAGGGUCCUAGCUGGGUCAGAGAAAUGGGGCUGUCUCACAUGGCCCUCUGAAGUUGUCAGGUCAUCUCCCUGGUCUCCAGCCCCAGCCAGCUGUCUAGUCUGUGUUCCUUUCCUGGGCUCAGGAAGUGAGAGUGUGCAUGCUGUGUGGGUAUGAGGGUGUCUGGUUUGUCUGUGUAUGUGAGUAUAUGGGCUGUGAGAGUGUGUGCCAUGUGGAUAUGAGUAGGUAUGGUGUGUAUAUGGUGUUUUGGGGGCACGUGGUGUGUGUUGUGGUGUGAUAUGGGUGUUUUUGUUUGGCGUGUUUAGGGUGUGGGUAUGUGAGUGUGUUGGAUGUGUGUUUGUGGUAUGUGGGUGUGUCUGUCAUGUGUGUCGUGUGUUGGUGUGGGGUGUAUUUGUGGUUUGGGGUGUAUGUGUGGGGUGUGUGUGUGUAGAGGUUUAUAAGGACACUGAUUUGUCUGAGUAGCAUCAGGCCCUAGAUGACCCUCUUUUUGGUUGAUUCUUUGAUAGGCAACUUCUGUUUAGGUAGGAGGGUGAAAUUAGUAAUAUACCAUCUUUAGUGUAUUUUUUAUGGAGAUUGUAUAUAAAAUUAUAUAAAUCCAUAUAAUUUGUUCUAUUUUAAGAAGAGAGGGGAACUUAUGUAAGGGGUGGGUGGGUGCAAGGAUCAGAUGCAAUAGUCAAGAGUGGGAGGCUUCAGGCAAAUGGGGCAUCUGGGGAGUGGGAAGUGGGAAGACAGAAUUCAAGCUGGGCAGGAGGAGUGGGGCUCACGCCCUUGGCGCACAUAUAUAAAUAUACAGAAAACCUAUAUAAAGUCUAUCUAGCUAGCUUAUCUAUAUAUCUAUAUAUCUAUAUGAAGUCAUAGUUUGCUUUAUUUUUGUACCUGUGCUUAGAGAUGUUUUGAGCAGGACUGCCUUCCCCAGGUGGUCUGGAAUACUAGCUCAUGCCUUGAUGCUCCCACUUCCCCUGCCCUUCCUCCAUGCCUUUCUUCCUCUGAGACACUCUCUGUUCAGAGUUGCUUGGGUCCUUCUGAUAGAAAUGUGUGGAUAUGAAAAUUUAAAAAAUAGCAAAACAAUAAUUCACUUGCAGAAAGGACAAGUGAGCUGAAGGUUGUAGGAAGCUGUUGGAUUUGAUACAGGUGCUUACUACAGUGAGGACGGAGAGUUGAAGACUGUGAAUCUAUCCUCUUAUUGCUGGGGGUUGGUACCCAGUUCCCCUGGAGGAGUCUGGCUCAGCAGCAUUAGAAAAGAGAAGGUUAGGAUUACCUACGGGCUUACAGCAGUACUUGUCCUGGUUGUAGCACUUGACUCGAGCACUCCUGGAGGGUGUGGCAGUGAGACGGAGGCAUCUUGAGAGAGCUUGGCCAGGCUGCCUGCAUGGGCUCAGAUAUAGAGAAGAAUACCCUGGUCAUUCUUGCUGCAGAUUCUUGGAACCAGUGUGAAUGUGAUAUCUCAUAUAAAUAUAUAUGCUUUUUACAGCUAUUAUUUUAAUUGGAAAAUAAAGUGUCGUUGGAAAUGGGAUGGUCCAGUCCUGGGACACUGAGUGGAAGAUGAGGUAUGAGAGAAGAACUUUGGGCAUGAUGGGGAGGAUGGGGCUGGGUGGAACUUCCUGCCGCCUGGCCUGGGACCUACAGACCCCAACAAUAUAGUGAAAGAAUUUGGCCCAGGAUUGGAGAUUCUAGAGAGUGGGAGCUUACUUGCAUUGGAGCAGGAAACUGUGUGGCCUGAAGAAUACCUCUUUGAGAAUUCAAGACCUCACAUAUACUGCAAGGCUGUGCACCUUGCAGCCUCAACAAUCGUCUCUUGGGUGCUAGCUUUUUCUUCUGACUUGCCAAGAGCUCCGAAUGAUGUAUUUGAAGCCGGUAAGGGGCCAGAUGGUACAGGCAGCCAGGAGAGACUUGUGGCUGCAAUCUCUGCUCUCAUCCUGCUCGUCAACUACAAAAGGCAAUAUUAACCCCGCCUCUCCAACCAAAGUGUCAUGUUAUCCAAGAGCUUUUGUCAUAGGGAGUUUGAUCAUUAAAGGGACUCAGAUGCCCCAGCCACUGAAAGGGCUCUCUUUACAUUUUGGGGAUUUUAUGGGAAGAGUAGGUUGGGGUGGAGCUUGAAUCUGAUUCCUGACCCUACUGCCCUCACAACCGUAGACCUUAUAGGGCUCUGGCAUUCACUCAGGCACUGUCCUAGAGGCCCUGGGAUCACUCGCUCAAAACACUUCUCAUUUUCCAAGGACACUGAAGGAAAAUGGGCUUUGUCCAUGCAGUACUAGAAGGGCUCUAAUUAUGAGUUCAAUUGGCCGUGUGUCCAUCCUUGACUAACGUUUUCUGCAGUCUUCCAGGAGGCCAAAGGAGGAUAUAGCCAGAUGUUUCUUAGUAAGACUUUUCAGGGAGGUUGGGCAAGAGACAAAGCAGCACAUUCUAUGUCCCUUCCCAGCUCGCAUCCUAACCCAUUCCAACCUACCCAAGCCUCCACACAAAGAGGGCUUUCCAUUAUUGGUUUUUGUUUUGUUUUGGUUUUUUGUUUGGUUGGGUUUUUUUGCUCUUAAAGUGGUCAUCCUUUCUCUCUCUGUGGACCCUGGCCCAUUGCUGGUACUCAGUGCAACCAGCAAAAUAAAUCACUUUAGUAUCCCAGGCCCCUCAGAGGGUUAGUACCCUCAGUAGAUCUACAGUUGCUCUAAAAAACUCUACUUCUUCCCACAUUAUACUCAAGGCUUGAUCCUUAAGAAUCCUCAGCAGCAUCAAAGUAUACAAGGUCAAAAGUUGUUGACCACAUUCCCAUUUCAUUCUUUAACCUCCAGUUGGACUCUUCAUUUAUGGAAGGAAAAGUGAAGACAAGGGACGUAGCCCCCACCUUGAAAUUUUUGAGCUUGGAAGGGCUGUAAUGCUUACUUCUACCCUUUCCAUAACCCUGGCCAUAAGCCCUCAGAAAGAUGGUGAAAAGAUAGACACUGAAGAGGGGGGAAGGAUAGAUAGCCCAAUGUAGACCUCCAGUUUCUCUGAAGAGCCAUCCUUUUGCAAAGGCACAUGGAGCAAAAUGGCUUGAGAUCUGAUUAUAUAUGGAGUAAGCAAAAUUCCCUGUCUUUGAACCUCUCAGUUAACAGGACAAGUUGGUGGGAUGGGUGCUCCGAUUAGGCCUACGAGGCCCAUAGCCCCCGUUGGGGACAUGAGUUGUUCCAUAUGCUUGUGCCAUGCUCCUUGGUCCCCAUGUGGUAGAAGGGAUAUUGAAUUUUGGCUUUUCCCUUUUGGUAGCUGGUGGCAGGAUGUGUGGAGUUGUUUUACUUUUGCUACCUCUGUCUGCUAGAUGGAACAAGAAGAGUUUGGAGUAGACUGAGUCACUGGGAAUUGCUCACCCAAGGAUCCGGGUGGGUCAUAGCCUUUCCCCCUUUAUCAUCAACUAGGAGCUUGGGGAAGAGGGGUUUUGUCUAUUGCCCUUCGGCUUUUUGCUCAGCCCUUUCACUCCUCUUUGCUGUAGAUGUCCCUGCUGCGCCACUUUGGGCAGUAUAAGAAGUGGGAGGUGGGAGAACAGGAGAACCUGCGCAGCACUCUUCCUGUCCAUAAGGGAUUGGCCAUGAGACUGGACUGUGGGGGUAUCAUCUGUUGUUUAGUAAGCCACAGUGCAGUGUGCCCAGGGACUGGGAGGGAAUGCUUUAUGGAAUAAUCUCGACUGCUGGAACUUUAGAUGGAAUGGUUGGUUUAGGGAAGAAUAGCAGUUUAAAGCUCCAUUUACCAAGGCGUAUACAUCAAUCUCAAAAGAUCUUGACAUCUCAUUCAGAUUUCAUUUCCACACUACCAUCUGUGGGGCCAGAGAGCGAGGGCAUGGAUGACGUGUGUUUCCCCCCGUUGCUCCUUCUCCACAGCCAUUGACUUGCGGGGACUGCAUCCUGCUUCAUGCCAGGGAUGCUUGGUUCCCUUCACCUUCAGCUUUUUCUCUUCUACCAGGACAGACUCUGUUGUCCCGAGCAGACUUCUUCCAUCACACACCUGGAGGCAAUUUUGUAUAAAUUUCUUUUCCCCAGAGGGUGGGGGUGGCUAGGCAGUGCAGGUGGGGAGGGGCUCCUGAUGCCCCCUCCCCAAGACCUCUUAAAAACUCCAUACCUCCAGAUGCCUGGUAGCCUUUUGUGUGAAUUCUUUUCUGAUGAAUCUGGAUGUGAUGAUCAGUUUCGUCAUGGGAGUUCUUGCUCUCAUUUCAACCUCUUUCUUUUCCUUCAGCUUCCUUUGGGAGUUGCUCUCCACCCAUGCCAGGCCUUCUCGUGAAGACCAUUCAAACCUCGUUUCCAUUCUUGAAUGUCAAGUAUUACCACAUAACUGCGCUAGGGUGCUUUAUGGUGCUGUUCUUGAAGAGGCCAGCUGGACUGAACCUCCUUCGUCCCACUGGUUCCUUAAAUCUUGCUGUAUUUUGUCUUCUAUUUGAUUUUUUUCCCCCUAGGGGUUGGGGGUGGGAGACAUGCGGGUGGCUUUUGUGUUCUCUCCCUCUCUUUUCUUUAUGUAUGGACUGGUUAAAGUCAGUUAUCAUGGGCAGCUGACUUCAUGGUAUUGGUUGGCUGACUUUGGUUAAUUAUUAAAGACACACCAACAAAUUGUACAGCUGCACACAGAACACCUUUAAGUGUGGAUUUGAAUGGCAACUAGAGGCUUACUUUUUGAACUUCAGGUAUGUAACUCAAAAGUAAAUAAAAACACUAUUUUUUCAGUAAGCUUUUUUUUUUCUUCUAAGAGACAAUUUAGAAAUCAAACGAUAAGAACAUUAAAUCGGUGCUGUACCAAAGCCUUAUAUGAACAUACUUACACUCUGUAUAGCCUGUCUCUGCUGAGCUUCUUGCUCUCUCUCACCCUCUUCUCCAAAGCCUGGGAAGGUCAGCGUGUGCCAAGCCUGGGGCUGGGUCUUGGGAACCUGUGGGCCAAGGGGACCCCUUAGAGCAGAGGAUGAUGGUGAAGAUGGGACACCGUUCUGCUUCCUGAGUAGACUCUGCAAGGAAACCAGGCAUUUGUGUAUGUGUGUGUGCGCGCACGUGCGCGUGCGUGCGUGCGUGUGUGUGUGUGUGCUUACAGGUGCACAAUGCCAAAGUGAAUGCACUAACUGGGGGUCUGAAAGGGAGACCCAGGUUGGGUCUGGGAGCGGGCUAGUUGUAAUGAAAGGGGGGGGUGUGUCCUCUCCCCUACUUCCUGUCCUUCCCUUUCCUCUCCGUCAGGGAAUGGAGGUGUAGGGAAACAGCUACACUCUUAACCAGGUGCUUUUCCCUCAAAGUCUCCAAAUGCUAAGCAUCUAUAAAGAGCCCAUCUAAGAGGCAGGCACCUCCAACCACCAAAUCACAGACUGCCAAGAUUGGGAGGAACCUUCUUCUCUCCAGCUCUUUCUUGCUUUCUUGGGGAAGGGGGCUCCUCCUGCAGGGUCCCUUGACCUCCAUUCCUGGGCCCCAGGCCUGUUCUAGCUGCCACCUCUCCAGGUGGGCUCCGAUUGGCUGUCCUACCCCUUUUUUCCCAAACCACAAAGAAGACCCGGCUUGAGAUGACCCCUAAGCCAUGCCUGCUCUGUGGCCCUAAGCAAUAAUGCCUGCCCUGGCUACCAAGGACUCCUUUGGCCUUAGACUCUUGCCAGUUAAAAAACCAAGUGACAUCCCAAACUCAAUUAGGGAGAGGAUCUGCAGCCUGUGUUGGCUCAGGCUGCCAUGCCAGGCUCCGCUCGCUGGUACUUUCAGGCUUGCUGGAUACUAACCAACUCAUCACCAGUAACACUGCAUGUUCAUAUAGUGAGUUAAAAAUCAAAACAAGCAAACACGUACAUACACAAACAAAGAAAAAGAGGACAAAGACACAUCAGACGACAAGAUGUGUAGCCAGUGAAGGUAUCCUGGGAGUGUUGCAAGUUAAACUGAUUAAAAGAAGUUGAGUAUUUAAUUGCUCCUCAUGUAAC